AUGUCGGCCCCGCGCAGACGCCCCGCGGCCGCAGCCGGGGGGGGCCCCGAGGGGGCGGCCGAGGGGGGAGCCCCCGCCGGAGCAGCCCCCGCCGGAGCAGCCCCCGCCGGAGCAGCCCCCGCCGCAGCCCCCGCGCCCGGCGAUGCGGAGCGGGGCAUGGCGGCCCCGCCGCUCUGGCUGCGCCUGCUGGCCGCCGCCUUCUACGGCCUCAGCUCCUUCCUCAUCGUCGUCGUCAACAAGAGCGUCCUCACCACCUACGGGUUCCCGUCCUCGCUGUGCGUGGGGCUGGGCCAGAUGGUGGCCACGGUGGCCGUGCUCUGGGCGGGGAAGGCGCUGCGGGUGGUCAAGUUCCCUGACCUGGACAGAAACAUCCCCCGGCGGACAUUCCCUCUACCUCUGCUGUACUUCGGCAACCAGAUCACAGGGCUGUUCAGCACGAAGAAACUGAACCUGCCCAUGUUCACGGUGCUGCGCAGGUUCUCCAUCCUCUUCACCAUGUUUGCCGAGGGAUUCUUGCUCAAGAAGAAGUUUUCCUGGGGCAUUCAGAUGACAGUAUUUGCAAUGAUCUUUGGUGCAUUUGUGGCUGCCAGUGCUGACUUGGCAUUCGACCUGGAGGGAUAUAUUUUUAUCCUCAUUAACGAUGCCUUAACAGCUGCAAACGGUGCCUAUGUGAAACAGAAGCUGGAUUCAAAGGAGCUGGGCAAGUACGGGCUGCUCUACUACAACGCGCUGUUCAUGAUCCUGCCCACGCUGGGCAUCGCCUUUGUCACUGGGGACGCUCACAAGGCACUGGAGUACCAGGGCUGGGCAGACACCUUCUUCAUCGUGCAGUUCACACUGUCCUGUGUGAUGGGGUUUAUUCUGAUGUAUUCCACGGUGCUUUGCACUCAGUACAACUCUGCUCUUACAACUACAAUAGUUGGCUGUAUUAAGAAUAUUUUAAUAACCUAUAUUGGGAUGUUUUUUGGAGGAGAUUAUAUUUUUACAUGGAUGAACUUCAUUGGUCUAAAUAUCAGUAUUGCUGGAAGCCUGGUGUAUUCCUACAUCACCUUCACCGAGGAGCAGAUGAGCAAGGAGUCAGAGGCUGGCAGCAGGAUGGACAUUAAAGGGAAGAGCUCGGUGUGAGCAGGGAGAGGCGGAUUUUGGGAACCAACCUCUGUCUGCUCGCUUGAUCGCGGGCAGAGCGUGGGGAGAGCCCCUCUGGGGAUGCUCUGAAAUUGCACAGCCGAGAUUGCUGCCUUGACAAAUCCUGAGCACGAUCCCUGCAGCCUGCACGGGGUAGGAUGAGCCUAAUUAAGUCUGAUCGGGAGCAAUUAACGGGUUUCUAAUCAAGCUGGGCGUUGGCAGCGGGGAUGGGCACGGGGUGAGAGGGGCAGAGUGUGCCAGGGGUGUGCCAGGGGUGGCUGAUCCUGGCUGGAGCUGCUCCUGGAUCCUUGGAGGUGUUUGUGGGAUCCUUGGAACUUUUGUGGGAUCCUUGGAGGUGUUUGUGGGAUCCGUGGAGCUGCUCCUGGGUCUGUGGAGCUGCUCUUGGAUCUGUGGAGCUGCCCCUGGAUCCGUGGAGCUGUUUGUGGGAUCUGUGGAGCUGCUCCUGGAUCCUUGGAGCUGUUUCUGGGAUCUUGGAGCUGCUUCUGGAUCCGUGGAGCUGCUCUUGGAUCUGUGGAGCUGCUCUUGGAUCUGUGGAGCUCCUCCCUGGGAUCCAUGGAGCUGCUCCUGGGUACUGUGGAGCUGCUCCUGGAUCCGUGGAGCUGUUUGUGGGAUCUGUGGAGCUCCUCCCUGGGUACUGUGGAGCUGCCCCUGGAUCCGUGGAGCUCCUCCUGAAAUCUGUGGAGCUGUUUGUGGGAUCUGUGGAGCUCCUCCCUGGGAUCUGUGGAGCUGUUUGUGGAAUCUGUGGAGCUGCUCCUGGAUCCUUGGAGCUCCUCCCUGGGUCCGUGGAGCUGCCCCUGGGUCCGUGGAGCUCGUGGCAGCCUGGCUGGGAGCCUGGGCUGGCUCCAUGCCCAGCCUGCUCCCUCUGGAAGGACGGGAACACUGCACUGAGCCCAGCACUCCCUGGGAGCUGCUCCUGGGCUGGGCCAGAACCUCCUGGAUGAGUGUUCAGUGCUCUCUGCAUUUAAUUUUUAACUUUUUCCUGUUUGUUUGCUGUUUGCUCCACUAACCUACUUUUCAAGCUGGGUUUGCCCUCCUGGGUUCAGCAUUCACCUCUGUGUUCCUGAGCUGAAAUUCCCAGGGUUCUCCUGCCUCUGCUGAGCCUCCUUAAAACCAGCCUGGGGUUUGGCAAAGCCUGGCUUUACUGCCACCAUCCCUAAAACCAGCCUGGGGUUUGGCAAAGCCUGGCUUUACUGCCACCAUCCCUAAAACCAGCCUGGGGUUUGGCAAAGCCUGGCUUUGCUGCCACCAUCCAGCAGGGAGAAGCUGCUGGUGUCACAGGAGAGCUGAGAUUGGCUCAGCACAUCCAGGGAAUCCCCCAAGGCUGCAGCUCCCACCCUCCUGGAGAGGCACAAGGACUUAAAUCUGCUUUUUUUGGCAAGCACAAGGCCCCACAAUUCUUGUUUUCCACGGGAUGAAUCACCCUGGGUUUGUGACCCACUCAAGAACAGAAUUGUACCACACUGGGCAGUGCUCAGUGAUUUUUUUAAGGUUGUCCUGCCCAGCACUUCUUUCCUUGGGUUCUCUUUCUGUUUAAAAAGAAUUUAUUUUUAAGCUGGGUUAAAAAAACUUUUAGUAAAAUAAUGUAUUUAGAGUUUUGUACCCUAACAGCUUCUCUAGACACUGACACUGGGCUUUUUUAGCAGAUAUUUCCUUCAGCUGGAGCUGCUUUUGUUGGAGUUUAUUGGAAUUUUGGGAUGGGGGAAGAUAUUUCUGUGAGGCUGCAGCUCCAGCCUGGGGUGCAAUUCCAGAGCCACAAUUCCUCUUUUUUUUGGUGGGAUUUUGUGGUCACUGUAAUGACAACCUGGGUGUCCUGGAGCAGCCCUUCCAAGCACAAUAAAAAAUAAAUUUUAUCUCCCAAAAUUCCAGUAAAAUCCCAGCUUUGUCCCAGGGAGGAGGUGACAAAUUGUGCAGAAACCUCCCAGUCCCUGUACUGGUUCUGUACUGGUUCCCAGCAUCCAGGUUUCCCAAAUUCCCAUUUUUCCCUCUUGUGCCCCACUCUGCCAUGCUGAGCUCACAGCCAGGAGCUUGAUUCUGUCAGAGGAGUUUUUUUAGUGAUUUUCUGUUUAUUUUUGAAUCUGCUGGUUAGAUUUGCAGUCCUAACAGGGAAGGAUUUUUAAAGCUUAUUUUGUCCACGUUGGGAUCCUGCUGGAUCCACACUGGGAAAGCCAAGAAUUCCUCUAACAGUAUUUUCUAUGCUAUUAAUUAACUAAAAAAAAACAAAAAAAAAGUUUUCUAUAGAGAAUCUAUUUACAAAAUAGUGAUGAAAAUGUGAAUGUAUGGCAGGCUGUGGAUGUGAGGAAUGAGAGCAGAAUGGAUUCAUGUGCCUCUGUAUUUUUGUAUUUGCUUCCAAUAAACCAAUGAACCAAA